CACGAUCACGCACUGUAGGAGAACUCUUAGCCCCAACUUCUCCUUUUGACAAGAAGUGUGGACGUGAAAACUGGACUGUUGCCUUUGCUCCCGAUGGAUCUUACUUUGCUUGGUCUCAAGGGCAUCGCAUAGUGAAGCUGGUCCCCUGGUCUCAGUGCCUUAGUAACUUCUCAUUGCACGGCACAAAGAAUGUUGCAGAUUCCAUCAGUACCAGGCUGCCGAGGCAGAGCAGUGACAGUGGGCAGAAGAGCAAGCCCUGUGAGCACGUCCUCGACUGCGGCGACAUCGUCUGGAGCCUGGCCUUCGGCUCCUCGGUGCCCGAGAAGCAGAGCCGCUGCGUCAACGUCGAGUGGCACCGCUUCCAGUUCGGGCAGGACCAGCUGCUGCUCGCCACCGGCCUGAGCAACGGGCGCAUCAAGAUCUGGGAUGUGUACACAGGAAAACUCCUCCUUAACCUGAUGGACCACACAGAAGUUGUGAGAGAUUUAACCUUUGCCCCAGAUGGCAGCCUGAUUUUAGUGUCUGCAUCCAGAGACAAAACACUGAGAGUGUGGGACCUGAAAGAUGAUGGAAAUAUGAUGAAAGUGUUGAGAGGACACCAGAACUGGGUAUAUGGUUGUGCGUUCUCUCCAGACUCUUCUAUUCUCUGUUCUGUUGGAGCUAGUAAAGCAGUGUUUCUCUGGGACAUGGAUAAAUACUCCAUGCUACGGAAACUGGACGGACACCACCACGAUGUCGUAGCCUGUGAGUUCUCCCCUGACGGGGCUCUGCUGGCUACCGCGUCCUACGACACCCGCCUCUGCCUCUGGGACCCACACACUGGAGUCAUUCUCAUGGAGUUUGGGCAUCUGUUUCCCCCCCCCACGCCAAUAUUCGCCGGCGGUGCCAAUGACCGCUGGGUCAGAUCCGUGUCCUUCAGCCAGGAUGGACUGCACCUCGCCAGCCUUGCUGAUGAUAAAAUGGUGAGAUUCUGGAGGAUUGAUGAGGAAUACCCUGUACAAGUUGCACCUCUGAACAAUGGGCUCUGCUGUACGUUUUCCACUGAUGGCAGUGUUCUAGCAGCAGGGACACAGGAUGGCAGCGUGUACUUCUGGGCAACUCCCAGAGAAGUCUCCAGUCUGCAGCACCUGUGUCGCAUGGCGAUUCGAAGAGUGAUGCCCACCAGCCAAGUCAAGGACUUGCCCAUCCCAUCAAAAGUGGUGGAGUUCCUCUGUUACCAGAUUUGAGUCGUUUGGUUUUUUACAUCAAACAGGCAGGUGGCCCAGCUGCUGAAACAAGCUCAACACUUUAAAGAAUCCUCGAACUUUACAGCCUUUAAGCUUAAGGCUCUACAGGUUCUCAAGAGCUAUUUAAAGUGAUAAUCUAAAUACUAUUUUGUCAAUAUGCCUGACAGGUGAAUUUUUAAUAUUUAUAAAAAACACAGUAGAAGUAUUCCUGGUGUUCUCAAUUUUCUAAACUGUAACUGUGAAAACAUGUACAUACAUAGAGAUCAGCUGCUACAUGUUAUCAAUGUACCUUUAAAAAUUGCUUUUAUGAUUUUUAAUGUGUAUCAUGUAUAUAUUGCUUUGGUAGAGCCAUCAGCUGCAUCUGUGCUGUAAAGUGGAAGGAUAGCUAUUAUUCUGGGACACUGAGUUAGAAAAAAUAUUGACUUAAGGAAGCUUAACUGCUCUGUAUGUAUGUACAUUGGUUGGGGUUCAGGAAACUGAUCCACAGAUCAGAAUUCGUGCUAGUUUGUCUCACAGGGAUGUACAGCUUGGCUUUGUAGAGCAGCGUCUGGUGAUGGGAAGUGGGCUGAGGUGAGGGUUGGAGGAUGUCUCAUGUAAAUGCAGGAAUGUUGUCUCUCUGUCAGCUAAAGAAGGCCUGAGGUUCCACAGCAGCAAACCAGGUUAAAUUUCAAUAUUGGGCAGUAUUAAAGAAAUACUUCCUUACAUUUCUAAAAAUCUAACUACUGUAUUAUUGCCUCAUACUUUGUCUGUAAUGAGAAGUUUACAGACUCAGUUUAUUAUUCUUUGACCCUAUGAUAUCUCUUUGGGGGUGAUUACUGGUUAAUGGCCAAAGAUAAGCAAAAUACUUGGUUUUGCCUUCUGUUAUUUAUCUGUACCUGCAGAUACAAGGAAUGUAUGCAUUGCAUAAAAUGCCUGAUUAUAUAUAUAUAUAUUUUUGUUGAAUUUUUGUAUUAAAAACUUGUAUA